AAAACAAGUAAAAAAAAAAUAAAUAAACACACCGGUCAGCGAUAAAUAGUAAAAUUUUCCCUCUAAAAAAGCAGUUGUUUCGAGUUAUAUGAUAUAAUUAUUACUUCUAUCCAGGUUUAUUUUCUGCAUUUUAUAUAUUGAAAAUAAAACAAUAAAAUAAUGGCUCGAAUAAUAAGUCUCGAAGAUGUCUUAAAAGACCAAAUCAAAGAAAUCAAUCAACUUGAAAUGGUCACGUCUUUCAUCCAGAACAAAGAAGAAUUAAAAGAUUCUCUUAUUCAGGCUCAAAAUGACAUUGAAGAUUUAAGCAUUGGUGUGUUGGGACUAAAAAAAGAUUUAGAAAAAAUGAAAGAACACAAUGUUUCACAAAGGAAAUUGAUGGCAUUGUACCAACAGUUGGAUGAUAGAAUUAUUCAUAUGACAAAUAAUUUUCCAGAAUCAUUGACUCAACAGUUAGAUAGACAAGAAGAAAAAUUAAAUCCAAUUAUAAAAGAAAAAACUCCAAAUUCAUACAAAAAACCAUUGGCAAUUGUAACAAAUUCAGAUUUAACAAAAUGUGAACCUAUUAUUACUGGAGAUUCAAUAGUAAAGGAUUGUAGAAAAAUGUUAUUCAAAGAUCCUGAGGAUUCUUAUAUAAUUAAAGAAUUAUCUGAUUCUGAAUUUUCAAAGAUACCAAAAUAUAUGAUUGGAAGACAGACACUUUCAACAGUCAAUGCAUUCAUCACAACUAUCAAUCAAAUUAUGAAAUUUAAAUAUGGUAUAUUAGCACUUGGUAAAGUUGGUGCACGUAAAAAAGGUGAAUUGAAUCUUUAUCUUGAAUUUAAAAAAGAAGAAAGUGAUCUUAAAGCAGCAAAUCAAGAAGGUGAAAUUUAUUUUUUCAAUGCUGAUGAUUAUGAACGUGAGACUAAUUCAAAAUUAGACAAAACAAAAUUAAAUUUACUUACUGUAUUACGUCACUGCAAGAGAAUUCAUGAAAUACGAUUGGGUAAAAAUGUCAAGUACCGGGUAAUCACAUCAUAAAAUUGAAUUCAAAAUAAAAAAAAGUGAGUCUUUUUUUUCUUCUUUAUAUUUUUUUAUUACAAACUUAUUUUAUACUAAAAAACUUGAUGGUCCAAGUACUAGAUAUAAAAUAAAAUACGAAAUAUAAAGAAAAAGGAAAAAAAAAAAAAAGUUAAGAAUUGAACUUGAGGUCAUUGAUUAAAUAAAAUUCACUUAAAAGUCUCGAUAAAAUAUACAAUAUAUAUAUAUUUUUAAUAUUUUUAUAACUUGUUAUAUAUUUAAAAAAUAAUAAUAAUAAAAAAUUGAUACAUAA